AUGCCUACUCGCGAAUUCGUAGGAAACUCGAGUCAGUAUGAGCUUGAGAAGAAGACGAAUACAGAGAUCACGUUCAAUUCGAGGUUGCAGUUUUUCGAGAUCAAAGCGCGUUCACAAAGGACAUGUGAAGAAGUGGAAACAUUGAUCGCUACGCAGCUCUUGCCUAUUCUGAAUCGAAGCAUUGACAAAAGCGACUAUAUCGGAGGAGUUGCUCCCGAGCUAUGGGAUGAUGUUGCCUGGGUGUUUGGAGAGAAGGAUGAGAAAGCAAAGAGCGCAAGCCCUAUGGCCGAGGAUGACAGCCUAUCAGAUGAUGACAGCGACAACGUUGAUGAUGGUGAUGAUGAUGAUGACAGUUAUGAUUCGGAUGAUUCAUUCUACGCCAAUUUACCGAGUGCACGACAAAAGAAGGCAGCCAAAUCCAAGGCGAAGACUGAAAAGAAGGAUGCCAAAAGUUCCAUCAUGGUCAAGAAGAAUGAAUCGCAUGAAAAGUUCACCAUUGCAAAGAAUAUCAAGAAUCUGGAUGACUUGUUAUAUGGUCCACCGAUGCUUCAUAUGGCAGCAGCUGAUUACUUACAAGUGGUUGGCGAUGACACGAAUACCGAAUGCAGUUUGAAUGGCAGGCAAAUCAACAUUUUUGGUCCUACCGAUGCAGCUGUCAAAGACGCCUUGGAACGUUUCCAAACCAUUCAAAGUCUCUACAAACGAUGUCGAAAGGAGCCAACAGUGGUGCCAUGUGUGCAUUAUUCCAAAGAGUCGCCCAGAUAUGGACUACGAUUUUGCCCACUCCACAGCUACAAGUACCAAUCCAUCGUGUGUGAUCCAAAGGAUGACAGCAAUGCGUGCAUAUUGUUGCCCGUCUUUAAGGAUGCGAAGGGGAAAUACAUCAAACCAUCCUCGAUUGUCGAUGGCGACACAUUGAAUCAACAAAUGGAAGAAUUGACGAGACGCUUCAACAGGGCUUCGAGUGCUUCACCUCAAUCAUCACCACAAUCAUCAGCACGAUCAUCUCCACAACAACAACAACAACCAUCACCUUCUUGGGUUAAACCCAAAAAUGGAUCACCAAAGAAGCAACCCAUUCCUUUGGGCUUUCAUUUACCAGAACGUACGUCAACACCACCUGGCCAAGCACCUCUUUGGGGCGAGAACAAGUACACGAUCAAUACGGCUUCAACAAGUUCAGGAAACAACAAAAAGAAUCAGCUGUCAAAUUCAAGUGGUUGGGGAGCAGCAGCAGCAGCACCUGCAACAAAUGAUCUUUUCCCUGCUUUACCAUCAGCACCAUCACCCACCAGACCUACAAAAGCUCCCCCUGCCAAAAGCAAUCAACGACGUGUCCUGCGACUUAAUUCACAAAAAGCUCCUCCUCCUUCAUCCAAAAACUCGCCCACAUCCACAAUGGCAUUGACUCGGGAAUACAAUCUCAACUUGAUCAAGGAUGCCUUAACUGAAGGGUUAGAAUCAAUCAACGCCUUCCGCGGUGGGAUCACGUUGCAUGCCAAGAUUGGAAAUUUGUUAUGGAGGAAUCUUCCAGAAAAAGUCCAAAAGACUAUUUGGGAUAUGUUUGAUGUGAAAGAUUUGGUCAUGAAGGAGCACAAGGCUAAGCCAGAGUUUAAUAACAUGGCAUUUACAUCCGAAGCCAUUCGUGAUAACUUUAUGGGUGUACUUCCCAAGCCCUAUGGUCAAUCUGCUUACUAUGAGGUGCACGUAUCAGCCCGUCCAAAGCCUAGUGAACCUUGGAAGCCUGCUAUCAUGUAUAUCGAGUCAUCUGGUGCCAAAUGUUACAAGCUGGAUUUAUUGCAACAUGCCAUCACCCAAGUGGAUUGGUUUUCACUCGAUAGAAAAUAUGAUUUUCAAAUGGAGCUUGCCGUCAAGGAAAUUGGAAGACCUGAAGUCAAGCCAUUCGUCAGCUUUGUUCGUAGGAUUGCCUUCAGGCCGAGUCGAGAUGGAGCAACGACCAAUCAUUUCGCAUACGAAAAUGUGCCCAAUUUGUUGACGGUGAACCAAGUUUUACACAAAGAUGUACGCAAAUUCAAGUUGGGAAGUGAACACAGGCUUCAUGUGACGCGUGUUGAGCAAGUUGCAACCCCUCGCGAUUACGACUCGGUGACUCCUAGAUUUGUAGCCAUGAAAGGUGGCGGCAAUGUAUGGUACGACAUUGAGGUUUCGCAUAUUCCCCACGACUCCAUGUUCAAGCUCAACCAGGAUAAACAAGUGGGUGUUCCAGCCCCUUGGACCGUACAAGAUGUUUUUGGUGAUAAUGAUAGUCGACUUGAAAAAUUGGUGGUCACCAUGCUCAACUUGAUCAAUCGAUUAGAAGAGUGCACUACUUGA